GGAGCUUUGUUAAGGCUAGUUAGUAUCAGUAUGUCAAGAAGUCCCCCGUCGAUGUACUUGAAGGAGAAGCUAAGGGGGAAAGCGGGACUCUCACUUGGCCAGGGAUCGAAAUCGACAGUGAAAAGCUAGCGCUAACUACGGCUUUGGCGGACUUCUUGACAACAAGCAGCGCCUCUAGACGGACUAGACGAAGAAGAGCGGCAUAUUUUGGCGCCGUUCGCGAAGCCUACCCGUUCGUGUUCCUGCCACCGAGGAAGUUAUUUUUGUCUCAAGAAGAAAGAGGUAGAGGAUGCUCCAGCGGAAUGAACCUUGACCUGGCAUUGUUUCGUGCCGAGUGUAUGAAUAUUAGAUAUGAUGCGGUCGAGAGCAAUAGCCACAUACACAGUGCGUCUUUUACAAUAAAUGCUAGAGACCGGAUUUGGAUCCAGGGCUCAUCGAAGAGAGCCUUCAUGAGGCUGCUGUACGGUGAACUCCCAGCGCCGAAUCUUCUUGCGUCUACAAUUCUUAAGGCCUCCGGUGGUGAUCCAUCAGACGAUUGAUCUUAGUAUGGUAGCUAUUCUAAAAAAUAUAAACAUAAAGGCAAAUAAAGUUCUAGGACCGCUGCAGAAGCAGACAGUAUUAUCUGUGUUGUCAUGGAUUUGGAUAUUUUAGAAGAGUCUUGUCUAAUACCCUUCCCGGCCGUCACGACCACGAGAACAUGGUUGAUGUCUUUGACACCGGGAUGCGCCGCCGACGGGGCGCAAGAGUCUAUUGGGUUGAACAGCAGUCUACCCAUAAUUACGGCUUCCCGUAAUCCAUCUUCGAAAGCAUCCUCAAGAGCCUUCUCAAGGGGAGGCGUCUCGAGAUGGAUUUCGGCGAGCUCUAACAUCGUCUAGAGAGGCAUCCAGAAAUGACGCCGGUGCAGUACAUGAAAUGGCGCUUCUUCACUCCAGGCGUCGAAGACCAGGAGUUGGAAACGUGGCAAAAAUUCCUGAUCGAACAGUGUAAGCCAUCGUCCGAGAGGCCGUCGAGGGCUUCUUCCGAUGAUUUUACGGGAGAACAAGAGGAAGAAGGAGAUCUUCAAGAUCAAGAUGGCGGUAGAGAAGAAGAUAGGCGAGAAAUUGUGCAGCACAGCGGCAUCUUCCUGAAAGAACAGCAAGAGCAAGCUGACAGUCGUGGUCCUGUGACACUCGUUGAGAAAAAGGUUGUAGUUGCAGACGAAGACUCUAUGGCGAGAGUACGGAAAGUCCUAAGAGAUUUUCAAUACAGUGAAAUGACGCCAGAACGGGAGUCAGCUCAUCGUCAGGAAAUGCUCGGCUUAACAGAAUUCUCCUUAUCGAAAAACUAUGAUGUCGAAUACCCAUCGGACACGGAGGUAAGCACGGACUCGGACUCAGAGGACCAGGAACAAGAAAAACGAGGCGAAAAGCAAGCACAAGCAGCUCGAGGAGUCGAAGACGACCUGCAAAUCAAAAACCAAAGUCCUACGCCAAGAAGCAAGAGAACAGAUCGAGACGAAAAUGGCACUCACGCUCACAUUGAUUGGCUCAGUCUGAAAAUGAAAAAUGAGCGAAGCCAGAAUUUGGAUGCCGUCAUUGAGAUCUUGGAUUUUUCGGGCGAGACGCUUUGUUCCCUGCCGGCCGCUUAUUUUCCAAUAAAUGUCACCGUGAAACAACUAAAAGAAGCUCUCUGUUUAGCAUGUUGUACUUCUACGGCCAGGAAGACGAAGACGUCGAUCAAUAGUUCGGAUAGUUUAAUAUCAAUAAGCGGAAAGAACGAUAACAAAGGUAUGAGUAUCGUUUUCGAACAAUCGACCGCGGAGUCGGGAGGUCUGUUCCCGGAAGACCACUUUGCCGCACCAGCUGCAUUACAGCUUGUACUAGAACGUCCGAACUACAGUCGGACUCUUUCGGAUGAUGAAAGCGUUUGUUCCGAGCCCUCCUUCCUGCCUGACGACAUGGAGCUCCGCACCUUGACCGUGAGUAUGAAGAACAAGACGAUUGGACAAAAAGAUGUUGUCCCACCAGACGACAUGAGGAAAGGAGAUGAACCAAAAGGAAAAGAUGAACGAGUACCAGGAGUAGCGGUCCCUGAAUUAUCGGAGAUAAUUCGACUGACUUUGUUUCGGGAUGUUCACCUGAACGCUUUGCUUGUGAAUUUCGCGAACUUCAGUCUGGACGCAUUUACGGCUUUGAACACUCCCAUAUCGACGCUCCGAAGUGCUGCAAAAUGUAAAAUCGUACUCGCAGCAGCGAGCUGGACCCGACCGAAUCUGUUGAUCUGCAACCAACCUACGACGUGGCUGUACGGGGAUGAUGCAAGAGCUCUGGGCCGGGGAUUAAACCGCUUCAAAGGAGCUGUGCUUGUCAACACCAACAACACUGAUUUCAUGGACGACGUGACUUGGAACAAAGAAUUCCAUCUACACGCGGGAUGGCUCACGGUCAAAGAACACGAACAGUGAAUGAUACUUCUAAUGCUAAUUGGAUGGAACAAAAUACUUCUCAUUCUUUCUGUGGAAGUGAAAUAGAGUUUUUUGUCUUGAACUUGAUUAUUUCACUCAGUUCCCAAGUACUUUCAAGAUCAAGACACGCGGCGGCAAGGCCGUCGUGCAGAAAGAGCAAGUGUGAAGAGCUCAUCUCUUUUUACUGGAUCUGGAUGCUCACGCUUCUUUCGUAGUCUUCUCCCGAACGUAUCUCCGCAAGCCCACAAAAUUAAACUAAAACUUGGCUUACACUAUCACUACGUGCCCAGUACGCGGGCCCAUCAAGGGCCCGCUGGGGCAGAAUUAACAAUCAGUAAGUAAUCUUAGAAAGAAGGUGGUUGAGUUUAAGCCAAUGACGGCGCUUCAGUCUUCAACGCAGAAAAGGGUCACGGAAGAACUGCGGAUGUGUAUUCGUUGGUGCUUAUUCGUUCCCUCGCAGUUGCGCAAGUUAGAGCGAAAAUGUUGCGAAAUGAUGAAAAUCAGAAACAGAACCUGCAUGAAAGUUCAUAUAAGUUAGUACAUGACGCCGAGGGGGACGAAUAGAAAAAGAGACUGCAACCUCACUACAAUGCACUUAAGGUGGAG